AUGACUUGCAGUAAGGUCAUACCUUCGGUGCUGUUGCCUACUUUUACUUGCUUCUCUCACAUGUUAGGUAGUCAAUGUGCUGUGGAAGUGAAUCAAAGAGUGGGAUUGUUCUUAUUUGGUUUCAGUUGGUAUCAGAUUGGUCUUCGGUAUACUGGUGGUGCCCGCAUGUUGUUAAGCUUAACUUUAAAAUUUGGUAUCAUCCCAGUAGUCGUGCCAGUCGGUAUUCGGGAUUUUGACAUUGAUGGCGAGCUUUGGGUUAAAUUAAGACUGAUACAUACAGCUCCUUGGGUUGGAGCUGCGUCAUGGGCUUUUGUAUCACUUCCAAAGAUCAAAUUUGAGCUGGCACCAUUCCGAUUGUUUAAUCUAAUGGGACUUCCUGUUCUAUCAAUGUUCUUGACCAAAUUACUGACAGAAGAUUUGCCUCGAUUAUUUGUCCGCCCAAAGAAAAUUGUCCUGGAUUUCCAGAAAGGAAAAGCUGUUGGACCUAUUUCAGAGGACCUAAAAUCUGGAGACAUGCAGGAAGUCGUUGGGGAACUGUCUGUUACUCUUGUAAAUGCCCAGAAACUUCCAUACAUGUUCUCUGGUAGAACGGAUCCAUAUGUUAUUUUACGUAUGGCUGAUCAAGUUAUCCGGAGUAAGAAGAACAGUCAAACUACUGUUAUUGGGGCUCCUGGUCAGCCAAUCUGGAAUCAGGAUUUCCAAUUCCUCGUUUCAAAUCAGGAGCAAGUAUUACAAAUUGAAGUCAACGACUGUCUGGGAUUCGCUGAUAUGGCUAUUGGUACCGGACAGGUUGACCUUGGAUCACUGCCAGAUACGGUUCCUAAAGACAGAGUAGUUGUUUUGCGAGGCGGUUGGAGUUUGUUUGGAAAGGGAUCUGCUGGAGAGUUACUAUUGCGGCUUACAUUCAAAUCGUACGUGGAGGAUGAAGAAGAUGAGAAACGCAAUGCAAAAGCCAAUGUUCCAUAUGCAUCCGAUGAUGAAAUGUCUGAUUCCGAAGAACCUAGCUCAUUCGUGAAGAAUGACAAGAUUCCUUCUGAUGGUCCUAGUCAAGAGUCGUUUAUGAAUGUGCUGUCUGCAUUAAUUUUGAGCGAGGAAUUUCAAGGCAUAGUUUCAUCAGAGGCUGGGGACAAACUAUAUGAAGGUGAAUCAAGCGUGUCACCAGUACCUUCUAAGGCUGGGGAGGACUCGAAAUCUCAACCGGAAGAUUUUGGCAGUGGGGGCAUAUCAGAAUUUGAAGUGAAAAAUGUGAAUUCUGAUGGAGGAUUAGCAUUAUUGUGGUUCGGUGUAAUAACUUCUGUAUUGGUGCUCGUUGCUAUCAACAUGGCCGGCUCAAGUUUCUUCAACCCGUAACAUGGUGUUGUAUGGAUCACUAGCGAUUUCUUUUGCCCAAGUUGGUUAGUUUUUUCUUCUCGUCCUUAGAGAUGGCUUAUAACGAGGUCUCAGUUUUGUGUUUACAUUUUAAUGCCGUUGCAUGCACUAGAAGAGGGGCACUUAUUGGCGGCGGAAAGUUUUAGGAUAUAGUUGACCCAAUCUCCUACAACUAUGAAUCAACGUGUAUACCCGUGGUUUUUAUAGUAAAAUUAUUUUCCAUUUAAACAAAGUUUAUCUUUUCUGCAAGGAAACGAUUCUUUUUACCAUAACACGUAGCAUAAUCAGUGAUAUAAUGCUGCUCAGUUUAUUUUAUUACCAUUUUUCAGAUACAACAACUGAAAUACGCUGCCAUGGAUGUGCUUUUCUAGAUGAGCAAGAGUCUAAACAAGGUGCAUUUUGUUUUUUUCCGCUUUAUUCUUCCUUUUUUGAAUUGUUUAUGGCUUUUUAAGUUCUUCAUGGUUCCCAAAUAGCUAAUCUCCUUAUUCAGGACUGUUCUCUCCCCAAUCUUCUGAUCACCUCUCUCCACUUGUUAUUAUUCAAGAUACCAUAGCUUGAAAUUCCUUGCUUUUAUUGUGUUUCAAAUAGCAUUUUACAACCCGCAAACAAACGGAAAGAACGUGGUACACUAUAUGUAUAUAGCUAUAAUUGCUUCUCUUAUUUUUUCUGGCUUUUGCGGUUAACAAUUUGCGAUAUUCUAAAAUGCAAACACAAACUUGUAAAUGUCUAUCCUGUUUCUCUCUAGGAUAUACUAUCAGUUUUAUUACUGCUAUACAUGCUGGAUAAUGAGUCUGGAGUAUGUUUAUUUAUCAGGUGUAAAGCCAAACCAAGCCAUAGGCGCAAGAAAGUUCCCACACUGAGGAGGUCAUGGUCAUUAACACUGGAGGAGGAUUAUAUUACCAAAAAGAAAUCAGAAGUAAAUCACGUGAAGGCGUUGAGAUCACACGUCAGGACAUGUGGUGGACAGUGUUCGUUUGUUUUCACAACCUCUCUUCGGUUUCUCCGUUCUCAUUUGUCUUCUUCCUUCUCAUUUUAUUAUUUUUAACCACACUCACUUUACUACAAUAUUUCUGUAAUAUAGUAACGUAAGAUCUUUCAGUAAAUUUUUUUUUGUGCACAAGAUCUUUCAGUAAAUUAUAAUACCUUUUUCAUUUA